AUGUUGGGCAGGCUGCUGAGCGCCAUCCUGGGCGUCCUCGGGGUGCUGCCCGCCGGGUGGGCCCUGGAGGUCUUGGACCAGCAGAAGAUUGGAGGAUUCUGGCGGGAAGCUGGUGUGGCCUCCGACCAGAACCUGGUGCUGAAGACCCGGAAGAGGAUAGAGGGGGUGUUCCGCACCGUGAGCGGGAGCAACCUGACUGUGAAGGUCGUGUUUAACCACUGAGGGAGCCGUGAGACAGAAACAACAGUGGGCUCAGAAGGAGGCAGCGCAGGGAGAUUUGCUUUUCCCGGCCACAGGGAAAUGCACAUGCUGGACACGGACUACAAGCACUAUGCCAUCCUGCGGGUGUCCCUGGUGUGGCGGGGCAAGGAUGUCCCCAUGCUCAAGUACCUCACUCGGGGUCUGGAGGAUGAGGAUGAGCCGGGCUUCAGGAAGUUCCGGGAGCUGACAGUGGACACAGGCCUUUACCUGGUGGCCCAGCACGGGAGGUGCGCCGAGCUCCUGAAGGAGGUGAGCUUGUGUCCUCUGCCUGCAGCCCCCACCCCACACAGCCCUGAUGGUCCCCGAGGCUCCAGAUCCUGCCCUGGCAGGGGUGGAGGCUGUGCCCUCAUGGGAGGUGCAGGGCUGCACAGACCUGGCUGGGUGGAGCUGAAGCCCAGCACGGGCCAGUGUCCCCUGUGCCGCCCUCUCAUCCCCAGGGCCCCAGAGCGCCUCAUCCCUACCAGACAGGUGGGCAAGUGA